CAAAAAAAAAAAAGACAGGAAGAAACAGAAGAAGAAGAAAAAGUAGAACAAUCACCAAACAAGGGUUCCUCUUUGGUGCUAUUUCAAAAAACUGAAGCAGCACCAAAGAGGAAGAGAAAUGUGAAACCAGGACAUGUGCAGUACAGGUGCACAUUAAUAAGUUUCUUGAACACAAUUAAAGAUAACAAGAAGAAUCUCAGUGCAAGAACAUUAGAUUUGCUCAGGCAGUCACCAUUUGGAAAUAUUGUCGAUGCAUUCCAUGGUGGCUACAUAGAGGAGAAGUCAGCCAAGAAAUCUGAUGAUUUCAUUACACUCCUCCUGCAGGCCUACGUCCAUGAAACUGACCUCUUCUUCUUUGGAAAGAAGAAAUUCAGGAUCUCGACAAGAGAUAUUUCAAAGAUCCUAGGAAUGCCAGAAAAAGGUGACUUGGUCCCAAAGACUUCUGAGGGUGCAUAUCAGUCCGACUUUGUCCAGCAGUUUUUUUCAAACACAGCGAGAGUUAACAAGAAAGCCGUGGAGAAAGCUCUGCAAGAUGCGCUGAAAGACAAUCCAACAACAGAGGAUGGGAUUGAGAAGAAGGACAAAAAUGUGGCAAGAUUAAUCUUGCUGGACUUGUCCAUCAAGUUUCUGUUCCCAAACGCAGGAGGAACAAUUUCAUGGGACUACGUCAAAGCCUGCGAAAAUUUGGAUAAAAUCGGAUCUUAUGACUGGGCAAGGGAAGUUGGAAGCUUCUUAAAAAAGUCUAUAAAGACUUUGAAAAAGAAAAAGGAGUCAAGCAGCCCAUAUGGUAACACGGGGGGCUGCGUUCUGAUAAUACUGUACUGGUUCUGUCAAAAGACUGGAAAAAUCAACCCAAUAUCUGGAAGGGAGAACGAAGAUCAUGGGAUGAGAAAAUGGGACAUCCAGAAGCUGAUACAGAAUUGGACAAGUUUUAACAGCUUGAAAAAACUAGAGAAAAUCUUUGAAAACCUGAAGGAGGAUAGAGAGGAAUCAGAAUCCGAGGAAGAGGAGAAUAGAUCAGAUGAAGCAAAGACAGUUCCGGAAAGAGAGGAAAAAGGAACUGAUGAUCAGAAUUGUGAAAACAAAGAAGAUAACCUACAAGUUGAGGUGGCUGAACAGGAAACAACUUCAGAAAAAAACAAGUGGGAGAAAGAGCUUCAGAAAAAGGAGGAGGAGAUAAGAUAUAUCACUGUGGAGAAAGAUAAUUUGAAGACAAAACUGAACGAAAAGGAACAGGAACUGAGGAAAAUCACGGAGGAAAUGAUGAAUCUGGAGGAACGAAAUGCUACACUUGUGACCGACAAUUUCUGCCUUGCAUCAUCGGUGAAGGAGUUAGAGAUAAAAUUGAAAGAAUUGGAGCAAAUGUUGAGCCAAAAGACUCACACCUCAACAGCAGCUCAGCAGCACAGCUCCCCACCACCUACCUCUGCAGAAGAAAAAAAUGAAUCAAAUGGAGCUGCAUCUAAGGCUGCUGAAAACGCAGAAAAUAAAGAUCAAUCGACUGUUGAGGAAGCUCAGUCCCAUGGCAUCUGCACAGUCGAAGAAUGUGCAGCAGCAGCAGCAGCUCAAUCUCCACCUCACUGCACAGUGCAAGAAGAAACUCAAUCGACAACUCCAUCGCAAAAGGACUCACUGUUCCAGAGCCCCACAGUCUGCAUGCUCACAGUCGAAGAAAUGGAAAAACAAGCUGACAUGUUUCAGAUAGUAAAAAGUCCUGUAGCUGCGCGUGGCCUUCCACUUUGUACGUUGAGCCCAGAGAAAGAGGAGAAGACACCAGAGGAGAACAAAAAAGGAGAGUUAACAAUGCGCCUUACAGAGCAACAUUCUGGUGAAACUGUAUCAUCAAUGGGUCUCUACUCUUACGUUGUGAGAUUAAAGAAUAGGAGAAGAAUACAGAAAAAGGACAACAUUUACUGGUGGGGGGAUGUGAAAGCAAAACGAAAGAAGAAAGCAAAGGAGAUUGAAGAGAGAUUGAAAGAGGCUGAAAAGAAAGAAAAAGAAGAAAAAGAAAAGGAGAUGAAGGCCUCACUGCCAGAUGGUGAACGUAAAAGGCUAGAAGAGAUGGUAGCACAACAGAAGUUGGACGAUGUACCAGAGGAUGUUCGGGAAGCAAUAAGACAGAUGGACGCUGCAGAAAAUGCACAAAUCAAUAAAGAGCAAGAAGAGAAGCAGCUACCUCCUGAGGUCGUAGACUGGGAGGAGAGCAAAGUAUACAAAUUUAUGGACCAGGACACCAAGAGGAGAGUCCAGAAAUACUGGCAAAAUGCACCAUCAGGAGUAUACUUCUGGGAUGGAAGACAGUAUGGAGCACAAGUUUCAAGACAGGAUUUAAAAGACAUGAUCAUGGACGAACCGAUAGCAAGCAAUUGCAUCGAAUGUUAUGGAAUUCUCUUGACUGAUCAGCUGUUGGAGAAAGAAUCACAAGGCUUGGAUGUCCCAACUUUUAUGAAUCCCUUGUGCUGGAAUUCUGCAGAAAAUUUGACGGUGUAUUAUGUACAUCUGUACCUAUGCGAACCACUGUUCCAGAAUCUGGCAAGAUCCAACUAUAUAUUGUUCCCAAUCUCACAUGAAUCAGGAUUUCAUCAUACACUGCUCAUUUUUGACAAGGAAUUAAAGAACUGGUACCACUGUGAUUCAAAAAGACCGAAAAAAUCAUCAACUGGAAAAUCCUUUAAAAAUGUACAAAAAAUGGUUGACAUGGUAGAACUUUGGAUGACAGCAGUAAAAGAACAAGCCGAUGACAUGCUGGAACAGGGAUGCAGAAUGAAAUUUGAUGAAAAGAACAGUUCAGAAGAAGAACUGAAAAUGAUGGAAGUUCCAUUGACUGAAACCGAGAGAGAAAGCAUAAAGUGGAUCAAGAAUAACUAUAAAACAAAAAUGGCAGUGACAGAACUCAAAGACAACCCUCAGCAAGGAGAAGAUUCAUUGGAUUGCGGACUUUUUGUAAUGUACACAAUGGAGAAAAUUUCGAAAAAAGGGAAAAUUCCAAAGAAGCUCACAAAGGAUGAUAUUUUGAAGUUUAGAGCUCAUGUUGUAAAGUCAUUUGCAGAAAGUAGGCACAGCUGGAACUCAACACAUGAAGAAUCGUAGAAAUUUGUUUAGGGAAUAGGAUAGGUUAUAUAGUUUUUUCGAAUUGAUUAUUCAUUUGUUCAAUCGGAAUUUCAAUUUUUUAAUAUUUUCUUGCAGAUAUUGCUUCAGUAUAUAAAAGUUUGUUUGAUAUGAUCUUCUGAAACGAAUUCAUGUACUUAGGUACCUUUUAAAGUAAGUAACUGGCUAAGUUACAGAGACACUGA